AUGGCCGCCUCAGCCGUCGGGAGCAGCAGCUCUCUGCCUGGCAGUGAUCCGCCGUCGUGCCCGGCGCCUGAGGUGCCCGAGGAAGAUGGAGGGCCUCCGGUGGCCGCCGGCUCUCCCUCUUCUUCUUUGGAGUCGAUGACGGCGCGACUGCUCUCGCUAGAUUUGACAUCCCUUGGUGCCUUCCUCAAGCGCUUCAGCGCGGACCCGCGUCUCCUCCUCGCCUUGCGGCUCCCGCCGAACGCCCGAACGGGGACGGGCCCUGCGUCUCCCUCCAGCGCCGGAGCCUCCGGCGCGGCUGGGGACGCCUCGGCGGUUGCCUCAGUCGCGGUGAUGCCUCUCGAGUUUCACCAGCUGUACUCCUCUGUUGACUGCUUGUUGAUGCUCUACGAGACCCAGGCGCUUCAGCUGUACAGUCGAAGCUAUCCGCAGAUGGUUGAGCUUCAGGAACAGCUGCAGGAGAGCGAAGCUGCUCUGGAGGCAUUGGAGGCGAAACUCACGGGCGUGCGCACCGACCUGCGCCGAACAGGCGAGAAAAUCGAAGUCGUCGAAGACGAGAGCAUCCGCCUCGGAACCAUGAUGGCGAAUCGACGAGAAGCCGGCGUCGUGCUGAAAACCUUUCUGCAACAAAUCACCGUCGAACGGGACCUCGUCAAGGUGAUCUGCGAGGGAAGUGUGUCUGGAGGCGCCUUCGUCGCAGCCCUGAAGCAACUCACAAAGAAAAUCGAACAUGCGAAACAACCCGGCAUGCAGGAAUUAAAGAGUGCGUCGGCCAGUCUACCCGAGCUACAGAAGCUUCGCGAAUGCGCUCUCUCUCGUGCGUCGUCUCAUCUUUCCGCAAAGAUCGCCCUUCUUCGUCAACCGCGCACUAACGUGCACAUCAUUCAACAAAACGACCUCUUGAAAUCGUCGGAUUUGUUCAUCUUUCUGCUGGACCACAACCCGUCGGCGGCUCUGGCGUUCAAGGACUUGUACACACGCACCAUCUCCCAGGUCUACGCUAACCUCUUUCGGGUGUAUGUACAGCAGCUCCGAAGACUCCAAACACAGAGAGACGGAACCGUUUUCGGCGCGGGGGGCGUCGGGCCAGCAUCGACAGGUGCCGCCGCCGCCCUCGUUGGAGCAGGAAUUGGAGAAGAAGUCGAGCUGCUUGCUUCCAGAGAAAAUGCCAAGACGGCCUCGAUGUUUGCAUCCUCGGCCAAGCAAGUGAUGGACUUCAUGAUGUCGAAGUUGAACACUGCAAUUCCGUCUUCCUCUCUCUGCAAGGGCUCUGUUUUCUGCCUCGCGAAUCGAGAGCAGAUUCUGAAUCGUCUCGACGAGGAACCGCUUGUGGCGUCAUUGCCUCGGUCUUCUUCUGGCCCCUCGACCUCGACUUCGGGCGCGGGUGUCUCCAGUGUCUCUGGAGGUGUAAGCGGCGGACCCGGUGGAGCCCUAGGAGGCCCCGGGGGAGAUGCAAGUGGAGCUGGAAGAGGGGGUCAGCCUCCGGUUUACCCCGAACAGAUCUUCAGGUCGCACCAGAAGCUUCUGAUCGACACCGCGACGCGCGAGUUUCUGUUCCUCACGGGCUUCUUUUUGAAUGCAGGCUUGGCGUGCCCAUACGAGAAACUUUUCGCCGAGGCGGUGGGCAAGUCUCUAGCGUACUUUUUGGAUUUAAUGGAGAUGACAGCGAACUCGACGCACGACGCGAUCGGUAUUCUCCUCAUGCUGCGCAUAACGCACUACAAUACGCAGGUGAUGAAGAGACGGCGAAUCCCGUGCUUGGACAACUACCUCCGGCGCAUGCAUGACAUUCUCCACUCCGCACUGAAGGCGAUUCUCUCGGCAAAUGUUUCCUCGCUCCUCAACGCCUCUCCACACUCUCUGAUGGUUCCGCGGAGCGAAGACGUCCGGCUGCAUCCCCACUACGUCACUCGCCGUUUCGCAGAGCUCGCGUCCGCCCUCGAGGCGAUUCGAGCGGUUCGCGUCUCCCUCCGCCCGGCGAAUCCUGGCCGUCCAGGCCAGAGUGCGAAAAGCGACGAAGGCGAAACUGACGAGGAAGACUUGUACGAUCUGUCGCUCUUGCAGGAGAUGCUCGACACUGCCCUCGACCUGAUCAUCCGGCUGUCUCAGGAAAUCCCGACACGGCGCGAAAGGACCAUUUUUCUCAUCAACAAUUACGACCUUUUGCUCAAUGUCUUCCACCAACGCCAAGUUCUCUCAGAUGCCUGCACUGCCAUCGAGAAGCAAUUGUACGAGCAGAUUUCCUUCUUCGCCGAUGAGCAACUGCAGAGACAUUUUGGAACUCUCCUCGCUGCCGUCACUCAAGCGGAAGAAGCAAUGAAACCGUCCGGAGGAUCAGAGGAAAAGACACUCCCAGCUAACAUCAAUCGCGGCGUAGAUGUGCAACAGCUCGAAAACGCCGUGGUGCACUUUGGCGCCGAUUGGAGGCAGAGACUCGGCGAAAUGCAUGCAGAAGCAGUGGCAGCUUUUUCAAACUUCACAAAUGGAAUGGAAAUUCUCAAGCAGACUCUGACGCAGCUGUUGCUUCUUCACACGCGCCUGCACCAAGUGGUCAGUGCCUUAUAUCCGAAGCCGCCGCUGCCUCCAUGGGCGAAGCAGUUGCUGCCGAGUAGUGCGAUUUUGUCGGAAAUUCGCUCUCUUUCCCGAACUUUUUGA